AUGGAGGAACCCACGAAAGACACCAUCCAAGCUGCACCCCCCAUAGCCGUAGAUGGCAGAUCAGACAGCUUCGAGAAGAUUGAGGAUGUCGCCAAUCGUGAAUUCUAUGGCGGCUCCAUCAGCGACUCCUACCGGAUCAAGUCCGAACUGGUCAGCCGGUGUAUGGAGGACAUUGGAAUGGGAAGAUACCAGUGGGAGCUCUUCGUCGUGACCGGGUUCGGCUGGACCACCGACAACUUCUGGUCGCAGGGCAUCGGCACCGUGCAGCCCCUGAUCCAGCUCGAGUUCGACGACAUCACCCGAGUCGCGUACUCCUCGGUUGCGUACUACGUCGGCCUGAUCCUCGGGGCCUUCUUCUGGGGCGUCUCGGCCGACUUCAUCGGGCGCAAGCCGGCCUUCAACAUCACCUUGCUCACCGGCGGCAUCUUCGCGUGUGCCGCGGCCGGGACCCAGAACUUCAUCGCCUUCAGCGCCAUCUGGGCCGUGAUCGGUACGGCGGCGGGAGGUAACGUGCCCGUCGACAGUCUCAUCUUCCUGGAAUUCGUGCCCGGGAGUCACCAGUGGCUGCUCACGGCCAUGAGCGCCUGGUGGAACUUUGGACAGGUCAUUGUCAGCCUCCUGGGCUGGGUGUACCAAGCCAACUUUAGUUGCGCCGCAGGAAGCACUUGGGAAACGUGUAAGCGGGCAGAUAACAUGGGAUGGCGAUACCUCCUCAUCACCUUGGGUGCUGUGGCGCUGGCAUUCGGUUUCAUCCGCAGCGUCAUCUUCAAGAUGCCCGAGAGCCCCCGGUUCCUGCUCUCGAAAGGUCGCGAUGCCGAGGCCGUUGAUGCAGUGAACUACGUCGCCAGGCGAAACGGGAAGCCCGAGACACUCACGCUGGACAUGCUGCAGAAAAUUGACGCCCAGCUCGGCAUUGCCGUCCAUCACGAAGUCAAGGAAGGCCUGACCCGGAUGGAGAUCAUGCAGGACAACUUCAAGGACUUCAAAGGCGUCGAGUACUCCAAGCUUUUCGCGAACAAGAAACUCGGCCUCCACACGAGCCUGAUCUGGCUCAUCUGGCUGACGAUCGGAAUCGCGUACCCCCUCUACUUCAACUUCCUCCCAUCGUACCUCGCCCAGAGAUUCACCCAAGAAUCGUCGCUCUACCUCACCUACCGCAACUACUGCAUCACGUCUUCGGUCGGAGUCAUCGGCCCGCUCGCCGCCGGGUUCCUGGUGAACACCAGGCUCGGAAGACGCUGGAUGAUGGGCGCGUCUGCCAUCGUCACGGGGAUCUUCCUCUUCGCCUACGUCGGCGUGGACUCGCCAACUUCCGACCUGGCGUUCUCAAGCGUCACGGCUCUGCUUGCGAACUUUGUCUACGCAAUCAUGUACGCCUUCACGCCCGAAUCCUUCCCGGGGCCCCAUCGCGGCACCGGGACGGGCACGGCGUCGACGCUUCUGCGGCUCGGUGGCCUGUGUGCGAGUCUGAUCGCGACGCAUACGGGCUUCACGUCUGCGCCUAUCUAUGUCAGCGCUGGCAUGUGGGUUGUGGUGGGCGUGAUGGCGUUUGGGCUGCCGUUUGAGACGCAUGGGCAUGCUGCCAUAUAG